AUGACCGCCGCCGCCCAGACCCGGUCGGCGUGUGGGUGCGCCUGCAGCGGCGGCGGUGGAUGCGGCGGCUCCCGUGACGGCGGCGCCGCCCGCCCCAAGGGUCCGAGGACCGCAUACAUCGCCCUCGGCAGCAACCUCGGCGACCGAGUUGCCUGGAUCGAGCAGGCCUGCGCUGAAAUGGACCGUCGCGGCAUCAAGGUGAAACGCACCAGCAGCCUGUGGGAGACGGAGCCCAUGUAUGUUCUAGAGCAGGAUAGAUUCGUCAAUGGAGUUUGCGAGAGUUGGACUGAUCGGGCGAUGCAGGUUGAGACCGAGCUCGAACCCUUGGCUCUCCUCGAUGAGCUCCAAGACAUUGAGCGUACAAUGGGUCGUCAGAAGGUCAUUAACAAGGGUCCUCGCAACAUUGAUCUCGACAUCCUUCUCUAUGAUGACGAGAAGGUUGAGCAUCCUCGCCUAACUGUCCCUCACAUUGGCAUCCCUGAGAGGGAGUUUGUGCUCCGACCCUUGGCUGAACUCAUCCCGGAGAAGCCUCUCUACGCCUCCAACCCCUGGAAACUCACCUUGGAUUACCUCAACGAGCUUCCCCCAUCAGCUGCGCCGCUCUCACCGCUAACUCCUAUUUCGUCGUCUCAAUCUCCCUUGGCCUCUCUUUCCUCCAACCGCCAAACCCACGUCAUGGCCAUUGUGAACGCCACACCAGACUCCUUCUCGGACGGCGGCGUCCACAACCCCCAAAACCUCGUCGCGACCCUGAAAUCCUUCGCCGCAGCCGGCGCUACCAUCGUCGACAUCGGCGGCUGCUCCACCGCUCCCGGCCGCCCCGAGGUCCCCACCGACGAGGAGCUCGCCCGCGUCCUCCCGGUCAUCAAGCUGGUCCGCGGUCUCCCGGAGCUCGCCAACCUUGCCAUCAGCAUCGACACCUACCGCGCCUCUGUUGCCGAGGCUGCCGUUGCCGCUGGCGCAGACAUCAUCAACGACGUCUCGGCCGGCCAGCUUGACCCCGACAUGUUCCGCACCAUGGCCCGCAGCAACCGCACCGUCUGCCUCAUGCACAUGCGCGGCACGCCCGCGACUAUGAACUCCCUGACGGACUAUCCGGACGGCCUGAUCCCCACCAUUGCGCGAGAGCUGCUCGACCGCGUCGCGGAGGCAGAGGCGGCGGGUGUGCGUCGCUGGCGCAUCAUUCUCGACCCUGGGCUGGGCUUCGCCAAGACGGGGGCUCAAAAUCUUGAGAUCCUGCGUCACUUGGACGAGCUCCGCUCCUGGCCGGGUUUGGAGGGGUUCCCCUGGCUGAUCGGUUCCAGCAGGAAGAGCUUCGUGGGCAAGAUCACCGGCGUGUCGAAGCCUCAGGAGCGCAUCUGGGGCACGGCAGCCACCGUUGUCUCGGCCGUGCAGGGCGGAGCUGAUAUCGUGAGAGUUCACGACGCCGUUGAGAUGUGCCAGAUCGUCAAGAUGGCGGAUGCCAUCUACAGACAUUGA